CCCCCAGCUCUGUGCAGAGCCAGUGUCUCCCACAGGGCAGCCUCACGGCCUUUACUGCCUCUCUCCAGCCAGCUCCAGCACUACAGGACAGGACAUUCAAAGGAUCUUACAUUUUCAUGAGUACAGUUUUAAAAUCAUUGCAUAGACCACCUCUUAAGACUCAAAACAACCCUGAUGCAUUCACAGAGCAUUUUGUAUAGAUAUAUGGAUAAGUCCACAGGAGAAGCUGCCUUUUAAAUCCCACGCACAUCCUGACUGCUUCCAAGAGGCCCCAGUACUACUGUGUACCUUCAGCAUGGACCCUUCAACAUGGAGCCGUCCCUGCCAUAUGCCCAACAUGCUCAAGGCUCCUGCAACACAGCAGCAAUGGCAAUUUGGCGGACUUCUGUGCUGGGCCAGCGUAUAGCUCUUACUCCACACUCACAGGUAGCCUUACGAUGGACGAUAAUAGAAGGAUUCAAAUGUUGGCAGACACGGUGGCUACUCUACCUCGGGGACGAAAGCAGCUUGCUUUGACCAGAUCAAGUUCUUUAGGUGACUUUUCCUGGUCUCAAAGAAAGCUUGUUACUGUGGAGAAGCAGGAUAAUGAAACAUUUGGAUUUGAAAUUCAGUCUUACAGGCCCCAGAAUCAGAAUGCCUGCUCCUCGGAAAUGUUCACUUUGAUAUGCAAAAUACAGGAGGACAGCCCAGCUCACUGUGCUGGCCUGCAAGCUGGUGAUGUCCUUGCAAAUAUCAAUGGUGUGAGCACAGAAGGUUUUACCCACAAACAAGUCGUUGACCUGAUCAGAUCGUCUGGAAACCUGCUAACGAUAGAGACUCUUAAUGGAACAAUGAUUCUGAAAAGAACAGAGCUUGAAGCAAAGCUGCAGGUUUUAAAGCAAACUUUGAAACAAAAAUGGGUGGAGUACAGAUCUCUGCAGUUACAGGAACAUCGUCUGCUUCAUGGUGAUGCAGCUAACUGCCCCAGUUUGGAAAACAUGGACUUGGAUGAAUUGUCUUUGUUUGGACCCCUGCCUGGGCCAGGCCCAGCCCUCGUGGACCGGAAUCGAUUAUCCAGUGAGAGCAGCUGUAAGAGCUGGCUGAGCUCCAUGACUAUGGACAGUGAAGAUGGCUACCAGACAUGUGUGUCUGAGGACUCCAGCAGGGGUGCCUUCAGUCGGCAGACGAGCACAGAUGAUGAAUGCUUUAUCCCCAAGGAGGGGGAUGAUUUUCUGAGGAGGUCAUCUUCAAGGAGGAACCGGAGCAUCAGUAACACCAGCAGCGGAUCCAUGUCUCCCUUGUGGGAGGGCAACUUCUCAAGCGCGUUUGGGACCCUGCCCCGGAAGAGCAGAAAGGGAAGUGUCCGAAAGCAACUCUUGAAAUUUAUCCCUGGCCUUCAUCGUGCUGUGGAAGAGGAAGAAAGUCGCUUUUGACGGAUUGUGGUGUCCUUUCAAAUUGGCUUAUUUCACAAAUAUCUCUAGACUCACCCACAUCCCAGCUUGGUGGGAAAGUGCAGAAGAAUUGCAAAACUGACAUCCCAUUUCACAGCAAUAGUGACCUUUAUUUAAAUUGUUGUGUCAUAGUUUUUGCUUCUUACAUCAUUUUUCAACCUGAACAGCUCAAUUUCUAAGCAGACAGGGAAACUAAACAAUAAGUUAAUUAAUAUAACAAACAUGAAAGUGCCUGCUCAUUCCAGUACUGUCUUUGAAAGCAAAACUAAUAUUUAUUUUCUAGAUUAUCCCUGUGAAUAAUUGAUAACUUUUGGAGUCAAGUAUGAAUAAACGUUUGGCAGAAUAUAAUAAUCUGCACUGUUUUCUAUAGGAUAAUUGGUGAGUUAUAAAAUCUUAGGUUUGCUUAUGCCCAGUGGCUUCUGGGGAGGCUUAAUAAUAGGCAGUUUUGAAUUUGUUCAAACCUGUAAUGACUUGUAAACAAAGAUGACCAUCAACCCUUUCUCACAUCUAUAGUGACAAUAAAGCGGGAAGUAUAAGAUUUAAUAGGAGGGGUUAAGGUUCAUGAGAACCAUGGAAAGAUGUGGUCUGAGAUGGGUGCUGCGAAGAUCAUAAUAAAGUCUUUUUUAUAGUCAGUCUAAACAAAAUGGGUGGGGAUGUCAUGUUUUUUGCCUGAUUCAACUUUUGUUCUGCUUAAACAUUAAUGGCAAAUCUAGAACUCUUCGAAUCCUACAACUUUGCAAUUUUUUUUUCUACAAAUGUCUAACAUCCAAAACGUGAGAGUUGGGAAAAGGACUUUGCUCCUGUAGAUUUUUUCAUAUUACUUCUCUAUAUCAUAUAUUCUAAAUAGCUAUCACUUCAGCAGUCUUUUGCCUAUUGGUUAUGUUAGUAUCACAUUACUUCUAGCCUUUCAAUUACUCCAUGUUUUAUUUAAUAUCCAUUAAAGUCUAUGAAUUCUCUGUUCUGGUGGCACAGCUGUUCAUUACCUAUAUUCUAGAGUAGACAAUCUGGACUAUGUAAUAAAUAGUCUGCUGAUUUUAA